AAGUGGAUUUGAGGAUUAAUAUUCAUUAUGUGACAGUUUCAUUCUGGAUGCUGGAAGAUUUUUGCUUUUGUGUUGCACCUGUCGGAUUGUUAAAUGGUGCUAAUAACUGAGAAUGGUGUUGCAGGAGGUGUAGUUCUGGUCAAGGUUCACAAACAUGACACUGGGGACAACCAAGCAAGAGGCUGGACUAAUGAGGAGUCCUCCAUACAGAGCUCCACUGUUGUAGAGCCAAACGAGGACUCUUACUAUGCAGAUGAUGAUGAAGACCACCAUUUUUAUGAUGAUGAUGAUGACGACGAUGAUGUCUACCAAGAGUUUGAGGAGUUGGACUUUUCAAAACUACCAGAUAGCAGAACCAUCGCAUCGGAAGACUCCUUCUACCCACCUGAUGAUUCGCUCAGCUUCGAGAAAUGCCCGAGUCCUGAGAGCCCAGAGCCAGUCAGCUUUUUCAAAGCAUGCUGCAGCAACAACGUCAUCAUCGUCAAGAUCAUGAUAAGACAAGGUGUGACAGAGGAGGAGGUGCGAGAAGUGGACAAAAAUAACAGAACGGGUCUGAUAGUGGCAUGUUACCAGGGCUACGUGGAUGUGGUCAUUGCACUGUCCCAGUGCCCACAUGUGGACGUGAAUUGGCAGGAUAAUGAAGGGAAUACAGCUCUCAUUAAUGCUGCACAAGCAGGCCACAGCAUGAUUACACACUACCUGCUAAACUAUUUUCCUGGGAUUGACACUGAGCGUAGGAACUGCCAUGGCUUCACUGCGCUGAUGAAAGCAGCCAUGCAGGGUCGAGCUGAAUGUGUGCGGUAUCUCAUGAUGACAGGUGGAGACAUUGAUGCAAGAGACUUUGGCCGUAAGCUGACACCCCAGGAAUGGGCCUUGUUUACAGGCCGCUACGAGACUGCCAAACUGAUUUCCAGACUAAUGGAUAAACCGUGUGCCGAACAGUUCUGUGACUCUUAUCACAUGGGGUGGCCUAUGCUGAGCGAAAUGGUGGCCCGAUCGAAGGAGCCUAAGUCCUGCUGGAGGAAGUUCUCAGAGUGUAUCUGUAACAUGUUUAACAUCAGCAUGAAGACCAAUCCCGUAGACGAAGGGGUCAUGGACUACACUGUGCGAAUGACCACAGCCCUGGCCAGUCCUCUUAUAGCCACUGCCUGUCACACUGUGUGCCCAGGUAGCCCCCCGUGUGUAGGAAAACGGCGUCCUGCUGUACAGGAUAUCCUUCGCAGACAACGGCUGGCUGAGCUGAAGAACCUGGGACCCGACCGCCUCAACAACUACAAGAGGCUCUUCCAGAACUCCAGGGUUCUCUUGGUGCCCAAAAAGCAGGAACGUCGUGCCAGUCUGCAGCCACAGUUACUGCACAGUGUCGCAAUGGCUUCUACUGUGGCCUUGAGGAGAAACAGCCUGCUGCCCCUUCACAUGAUGCGCAGGAGCAGCGUACGUCCUGGGAUGGUGGUGCCUAAAGUCUUGCUGUGUAAAGCUCCUCCUCCAAUACACAUGCCAGAGCGGCCGCCACGCAGGAGUUCAAAAGAUUCAGCACAACUACAGAUCCCUAAGUGGAAGUAUAAAGCUCUAAAGGAGGAGAAGAAGAAAGCUGAACAGAUGGAAAGGUUGAGAUUGCCUAUUGGGAGGAAAAAGUAA